GCCGCUUUAAUUUGCUUCCCUUUCUCUGACUUCUGCUAGCUUGGUUUCCCUUUUACCGCCUCCUCCGUCGCACGUCCUACUUUAAGCUCCACUCACCACUCAACACUCACUAGCCAAGCAGCCAUUUUGGAAGGCAGCAGAGGCCAGAGAGAGAGCAAAGCAAACCAGACUAGACGCCAGAGCAAGCGAGCAGGCCAGUCGCUAGCCAUGGCCAUCCCCAUCGCCAACCUCUCGGCCAUCGUCACGGGCGCGCUCGAAGCGGCCAAGACCGUCGCUACCGAGAUGCUCCCGGCGACCUUGACGAAGGACGCCGUCAUCGAGGCGUCGAGAGCAUCGGUAGCAUGGCUGACGAGCCACCUCUGGGCCUGGCUGGCCGUGGCGAGGGCCGUCGCCGUCGACAACCUCCCAGCCAGCGCCGCAGCGGCGGCCGACGCUUCGGGGCCCUACGUCCAGACGGCGGCCAAGCUCUUCAGCGGCCUCUACGGCUGGCUGGCGGCCGCGGUGGUCCAGAAGCUCCCGGACGUCGCCGCCGAGAAGCUGCUGGGCGACGCGGCGGCGUGGCUCGUGCACGGCGGUGGCGGUGGCGUCGCGGUGUACGCGACGCUCGCGCUCGCGCUCCUGGCCGUCGCCUUCGUCGGCGGCGCCGUGUGGGCGCUCACCUGCCGGUCCAUGAAGGCGCCCGGACUCGGCGGAGCCCGCGUGCCCCGCGCCGUGUUCAAGGCCAACCCCAAGCGCUACUACGCCACCGUGCGGACCGCGCGGAAGGCGCGGCGCCGCGCCGGUGGGGCUGGUUGCAAGCUGCUUCUGUCCGGCCUUCUCGUUGCGUUCGCGGCCUACGUAGCUGCAAAGAUGCUCUACUAAGACGUUACGUUAUGUGUCCGGAUGUUAGAACCACUAAUGGUACUGUCCAUGAGUUUAUCAGCCGUUCGCUUGAGCUUAUCUUUCUCUUUAUAAUCAACGAACAGUACUCUCUAUUAUGGCUUAUUAGUCAAACGAACAGUGCUGCCUGCCUGAAAAUCACGUUGAUUGCUAGCUGCAAUUGAAUUUCAAGUUUUUUUUUGUUUGCCC